AAUAUGGUAGUUGUGUUAUGGUAGUAUUAUGUUAUAUGGUAGUUAUUAUUAGUUGUAAUAUGGUAGUUGUGUGUGUUAUAGGGUAGUUAUUAUUCGUUAUGUGUUAUACGAUAGUUAUUACCUUGCCAUGAGGUGUCGCGGUGGUGACUGUGGGAAACCGCUCGUCUUCUCAGCAGCAGUAUGGCGGACGAGCUGGACGUUGUUGACAUCGAAGGGGACGAAUGUGGCACCGAUGAAGGCCACACCGGGGCGAGGAUCUUUCAACAUGACUACUUGCACUCAGCGUGGAAGACCACUACUGCAGUCUUGCCAUGGACGCUGGACAGCUCCAUCAGUGAGGAGAACAGAGAGGUGAUUGAGACCAUGCUUCUGGAGGAGCAAUAUUAUUUCACUGGUAAGAAGGUACCCAAGGUGACGUGGACCAACGACAGGCAUAAAAUAAAGAAGUCACCAGUGAAGAGUUCUGGGUCUUCUGCUCGUUGGUCACAGGGGGAGAAGGACCUCUUUGAGAAAGGCCUGAUUCAGUUUGGACGGAGGUGGACCAAAAUUUCGAAGCUGAUCGGUACUCGGACUGUUCUUCAGGUGAAGAGCUAUGCCAGGCAAUACUUCAAAAACAAGGCUAAAGCUGAUGGUCAUAGUGUAGUGUCUUCUGCUAAGACCCAGAGGUCGCUGCUUCAUGCCCCGCCCAGUGGAUCCAGCCCUCCCUCUGCUUCGCCACGCCUCCCCACACUGACCAACGCCAUACGCAUCGAGCAGCUGUCUGACGACGAGGAUGUCGACAUCACCGAUGACCUCAGUGACGAGGCGUCGCAGCCCGACAGCCACUCUGAUCUCGGGGAUGAGCCCAAAGGUUCUGACCACCGUCAUGACCAAGUAGAGCCCGCCGCAGUCGCGCUCUCUACAGGCAGACUGAAUGACCACAUCUCCAGUCCAGAGGAAACAGAGGAGAGACCUGCUGGUCUGAGCCCCGAGGGGACCGUGGACGUCUCUCGGACACUGAGCGAGCCGGAGCGUGCAGGGCAGGGAGAGGCCUGCGAUUCUGCCUCUAGCACGGAGAUGCGCACCCUGCCUGUGAACGAGGGCGCUGAAGAUAAAGUGAGAAGGUGUCCAGACGAGGAGGUGGAAGAGGAACAUGAGGAAGAGGAGGAGCUUAAGGCUCCUGAACAGGAAGUGACACUGGACACAAGUACCAUCACGGAGGAGGAAAAGCAGGCGAUCCCAGAGUUCUUUGAGGGCCGUCCAUCAAAAACCCCAGAGAGAUAUCUCAAGAUCCGCAAUUACAUACUCGACCAGUGGGAGAAGAGCAAACCCAAGUACUUGAAUAAGACGUCGGUGCGACCUGGCUUGAAGAACUGUGGGGAUGUAAACUGCAUCGGCCGAAUACACACUUACCUGGAGCUCAUAGGAGCCAUCAACUUCAACUGCGAUCAGGCCAUCUAUAACCGCCCACGGCCGGUAGAUCGUUCUCGGGCCAAGGAGAGCAGAGACAGCCUGGAGACGUAUCAGCUGGCUCAGAGACUGCAGUCCAUGCGUGCGAGGAAACGGCGGGUGCGGGAUGCGUGGGGUAACUGGUGUGACGCCAAAGACCUGGAGGGUCAGACAUAUGAGCACCUGAGUGCAGAGGAACUGGCUGUUAGGAGAGAGGAGAUGAGGAAGAGACAUCCUCGGCCCUGCAAAGUGACUAAACGUGAAGGCUUUGACCCAUUCCAGCUUGUUCCAUGCAAGACCUUUGGAGAGGACAGACAGGAACCGUUCCGGGUUAUAGUGUGUGCUGAAGCUCUGCUCGUCAUGGAAGUGCACGCUCAUGUCUCUAUGGGAGAGGUGAUUGGCCUCCUGGGUGGAUCCUACGAUGAUGAAGAGAAAGUGUUGAAGGUCUAUGCAGCUGAACCAUGUAACAGCCUCAGCACUGGACUGCAGUGCGAAAUGGACCCUGUCUCCCAGACCCAAGCCUCUGAGCUUCUGGGGGUCAAAGGUCACAAUGUCGUUGGCUGGUAUCACUCUCAUCCAGCUUUUGAGCCCAACCCUUCUCUCAGAGAUAUCGACACCCAGGCGAAAUAUCAGAGCUAUUUCUCACGGGGAGGAGCUCCAUUUGUAGGGAUGAUUGUGAGUCCAUAUAACCCCUCGAACCCUUCUCCGACAUCCCAGACCACCUGCCUGUUGGUUCAGGAAGAGACCGAGACUACUGGAACACACAAGCUUCCCUACAAGUUUGAGUAUGAAGUCUCCACGGAGCCGCCUGAUUGGACAGAAGUAAUGAGGCGAGCGGAGUGGGUGGUGUUCAAAUACAGGCAGUCUCAUGGGUGCAUACCCAUGGAAAGGCUCUACAGUAAAAACUCCAGUCUCACAUGCCUGGAAAAGAUGCUUGUGUCAUUGGGGAAGUUCCUUCCAGGGAUACCAGAGACGGAGACAUUUCUGGUCCAGAUGGAAACUCUGUUUGUUACACACUUCAUUGUUAAGCAAGAGGCUGGCUCCUUGUUGACGUGCCAUGAGCUGAUUACGCAGUCCCCUUUACACACAUUCGCUGCCUCUGAACCAGCGGACCACGAUAUAGCCUUGGACUUUGAGGAGACAUGUGCUAUGGAGAAGCAGCUCGGCCCCGAAGCCAGAACCCCUGGGAGCAGAUGUUCCCCAGGUCCUGGCAACCACGUUAUUCCCAGUAAAGAAGUGAAUGGGCCUCUUAUCCAGUCAGGCAUUUGACCUAAGGUCCACAGACUCUCCAGGGAGAAUUUCUGCUAUUGCGGAGAGUAAUCUGGUUAUUCUGACUUUCUAAACGAGACCAUCCCAUUAAUCAUUUACUGUGUGAACUGGUAUGCCUAGUGUGUUAAUUGUUUUGCAGCCAUUAAAUACCUUAUGCGCACCCUCUGUCCAUUGCACAGCAGGUUAGCCAGAUGCAGUGUAUGAAGUGGAUGAAAUGUAAAUGUUUGUGCUCAAUUUCUCUCCCCACUUUUUAGAUUAAGUGUUUAUUUUUUCAGAUUGGGGAAAAAUUGCAUUUCAUAUUAACAUAAUCGCUAAUAGCCUUUUUUAGUGUAUCUAAUUGUACAAUGUUUCAAGUGAAAUUCUUAAUUACACCUCAACUUAAAAAUGUAUAAAAAUAAAAGUAUGACAUUGUUUGUUAUAA